AUGGCGUUUUCAAAAUUAUUUUCUGGGGAAUUACCUGAAUUAACAGAAGAAAUUAUACAGUAUUUAAGAAAAGAUUUUUCAACAUUGUAUUCAUGUAUUUUAGUUAAUAGAUUAUGGUGUCGUUUAGCCAUUCCGAUAUUAUGGGAAGAUCCAUUUUCAGCUCCUACUCAAAAUUAUCAUUGUAUUAAAAUUUAUUUACACUUUUUAAAUGAAAAUAGUAAAGCAAAAUUUAAUGAAUAUGAAAUUAAUAAUGAUUUAAAAUUUACAAAUACAUUAUUCAAUUAUCCUAGUUUUAUUAAAUACUUAGAUACAAAUAAAAUUUGUAAUUCUAUUGUAAAUUGGAUUGGCAAAUGCAAUUAUAAGCUAGAAGACUUAGUUUAUAGAUCAUUAUUUGAAGUGUUCAUUGAAAAUGAAGGAAAUUUACAUUCUCUUGAAGUUGUACUACCUUUUACAGGUUAUAGGUAUUUAAAUAAUAUGAAGAUUUUACAAAAUCAAAAUCUUACAUGCCAUAUCAGAAAUUUAACUUUAGAUUUUUCUAUUAUUAUAACUCAAAAUCUUAUUUCAUUUUUGAAAUUUUUAUAUUCUAGUAAUUGCAAAUCAAUCUCAUCAUUUGUAAUUAAAUUUUAUAAACGAAAUCGUUUCAUCAAUGAUUAUUUAUUAAUUGAAAAAUAUAUAUCACAAAUGAUUAUUUCACAAAAUGGUCUCAAAAAAAUUUUAUUUGGGUAUUAUGCUAAUAUAUAUAAUCCAUUUUUAUCUUUAAAAAAUUCGAAUUGUUCAAAUACUUUAAAUACAAUUAUAUUUUAUUACAUUGAUUUUAAAAAUAUAGUUAAUAUUUUACAAGAAAUUUUUGAUCAAUUGAAUGUUUUAGAUUCUAUUCAUAUUCUUUACUGUGAUUCUUUAAAUUCUGAUUUUGUUCAACAAAUUAUUAAGGUUAUUAAACCUUUUAAAUUGAUAUCUUUAUUUAUAGAUGAAAUAUUACAUGUUGAGUCAUUACAAUUACUAUUAGAGAAAUUUGGUGAUUGUUUAGAAAAUUUUGGGUUUUUUUUUGAAAAUGAUACCGAAUUUAUUGAACAAAAACAACAAUUAUUCAAGUUCAUUAUGAAAUAUUGUAAAAGGAUUAGAUAUUUUGGUUUGGGUUUACCUGGUGAUAAUAAUAUUUACUCAAUCAUUAAAAAUAAUCAACAUAAUAUUAAUUAUCUUACUAUUGAUUAUAAUGAUUGUAUUGAUUUAAGCUCAAUUGUAUUACAAAAUUUAGGACAAGUUCUUCCUCCUAAAUUAGAAUAUUUAAGUUUAGCUCUUUCUUUUGGGAUAAUUGAUCUGGAAAUAUUUUUAAAAAAUUCACAAAAUACUUUUAUUAAAAAAUUGUUAAUUAAAAAUAUAGUAUUGGAUAGGAAUGAGAAGACUUUAUUUUGUAUAAAGAAAUAUAUUAUGAAGAAGGAAAGGGUCAAAUAUUUGGCUAUUUUAGAUAUAGAUGUUUAUACUAGGGAUGAAAUUGAAUUAUUUUGUUUAAAAGAUGAAGUAAAUGAAUUUAAAUUACAUAAUAUUAUAGUUCAAUCAUAUUAUACUAAUUUAUAUAUUAAUGCAUAUAAUUAUAUAAAAGAUAAUUAUUUGUAA